AUUUCUACACCCGGACCUUUUUACGGACGCACUGGUGAACUCCGUAGCCUAUUUCUUCACGCCAUUGUAAUAUUAGUUUAUUUUCAGACUUUGGAAACACUUUGUUAGGGUUCCUAGCUCAGUUAUCAGGUUGGUGUUGAAGCUACUGGGAACCAGGUGGUGUGAUAAGAGAACGAGACUGACAUAAUAACAGCGGACAUCAUGUCAACCGACUCCUGGGCCCAGGCUGUGGACGAGCAAGAAGCCGCGGCGGAAUCGAUUGGUAGCCUACAAAUCAAAGACAAGCCUGAGGAAAAUGGUACUGCCAACGCUGCAUUGGCGACGACAGCGACGACAACAACAACGACGACGUCGACAAACACAGCAGCCGCCAGCGCUACAACGCCUGCAAAGACCGGAGGAGGAGAGGGAGACAAAACAGGGGAGGAGGAUGAUAAAGAUGACAAGGCGGCACAGUCGUUAUUGAAUAAGUUGAUACGCAGUAAUCUAGUGAACACAACCAAUCAAGUAGAGGUUCUACAGAGGGAUCCCAACUCUCCGCUUUACUCUGUCAAAUCCUUCGAGGAACUACGGCUUAAACCUCAGCUGCUCCAGGGAGUGUACGCCAUGGGCUUCAACCGACCCUCCAAAAUCCAAGAGAACGCAUUACCCAUGAUGCUCGCUGAACCCCCACAGAACCUGAUAGCCCAGUCUCAGUCAGGGACGGGGAAGACUGCUGCCUUUGUCCUGGCCAUGCUCAGUCAUGUUGAUCCCAACAACAAGUUCCCACAGGCUCUCUGUGUGUCUCCUACCUAUGAGCUGGCCCUGCAGACAGGAAAGGUCAUUGAGCAGAUGGGGAAGCAUUACUCAGAGGUCAAACUAGUUUACGCCAUCAGAGGAAACAAACUGCAGAGAGGUACCCAGCUCCAGGAGCAGGUUGUGAUAGGGACGCCAGGCACCAUGCUGGACUGGUGUCUGAAGUUCAAGUUCAUCGACCCUAAGAAGAUCAAAGUGUUUGUCCUGGACGAAGCUGACGUCAUGAUCGCUACACAGGGUCAUCAGGACCAGAGUAUACGCAUUCAGAGGAUGCUACCCAAACAGUGCCAGAUGCUGCUGUUCUCUGCCACGUUUGAGGAGACGGUGUGGAACUUUGCCCAGCGCAUCGUCCCAGACCCCAACAUCAUCAAGCUGAAACGGGAGGAGGAGACGCUGGACACCAUCAAGCAGUACUACGUCCUCUGUAACAGCAAAGAGGAGAAGUUCAUGGCCCUCUGCAACAUCUACGGAGCCAUCACCAUCGCUCAGGCCAUGAUCUUCUGUCAUACCAGGAAAACGGCGGGGUGGUUGGCAGGUGAGCUGUCCCGGGAGGGCCACCAGGUGGCACUGCUCAGUGGGGAGAUGCAGGUGGAGCAGAGAGCUGCUGUCAUCGACCGCUUCCGAGACGGAAAGGAGAAGGUCCUGGUCACCACCAACGUCUGUGCCAGAGGUAUUGACGUGGAGCAGGUUUCCGUGGUGAUAAACUUUGACCUGCCAGUGGACAGAGACGGUAACCCGGACAAUGAGACAUACCUGCAUCGGAUUGGCCGCACGGGUCGUUUUGGGAAGCGGGGAUUGGCCAUCAACAUGGUGGACAGCAGGUUCAGCAUGAACGUCCUAAACAAGAUCCAGGAUCACUUCAAUAAGAAGAUCGAGAAGCUGGACACUGACGAUCUGGAUGAGAUAGAGAAAAUCGCCGGCUGAAAAGAGUUCAGAACCACAUGACUUCUCUAGUCCCCCUCCCUCUUCCUGCUUCUCCCAGACCACCCCCCCCACCCCUCCCCUCGAACUGUUAUUAUAGUGUCUUUCAUUUUAAAAAUGUAGUGUUGGAGAGAAGAGCAAAGCCACAAACACAGCUAUAAUGUUUACAUGUGGUUAAAUGUCUCUCAAAUAUGUUUUUAUAAGUCUCUGAAACAUUCCCAUUUCACUCUUUGUACUUCUUAAUGAAUAAAGUUUAUACUUAAUGAAUAAAGUUUAUAAUAUUAGCUAACAUAUUUUUCAUUUGUAUAUGUGCAUUGUAAUGCUGUCAUGGUGGUAGGCUUAGAGUGCAAUGGCUUAUGGAAAAACGUUUUAAAUUAUGCCAAAUCAAAUGUUACUACUGCCCGCAUCUUCCUUGUUUAUGCAGUUAUUUUGGUGGAAUGGAAACAAGCCCUCUCAUUUUAUAUAAAGAUAUUUUUGUUUAACCCAGUCCCUGAAUGAUAUCUCAAGGAGAGAAUACAGCAUAAUUAGGAAAAUAAACUUUUAAGAUUUUAGUUAUCAUGUGUGAAUGUUUUGCAAAUGAAUACAAUAAUUCUGAUGAGUAGUACAAAGAGUGAAAUAGAUUUGUUUUCUGCAGUCUUUUGUUUUUAAAAAUCAUAGUUGGUGAUGGUUAGAGGUCAGGGGUUCGUGCGAACUUGUGUCAACCUUUCUGCGAGCCACUAUAGUAGUGCAGUGUUCAAGUCACAUGACAUCCUAUUUGUUCGUUUUCAGGAUUUUCCCUCAAAAGGGGAUAUGGAGAGAACGUAACUUUUGUUACAUGUUUAGACCAAUAAAGUACAGGUAAAUUAAACUAUA